CUUUCUUGAACCCAGACGCCCAUGUUUAAAAGAUGUGUUGGUCGCAGACGCCGCCCGAUUACUUUCGACUGCUAGGAACGGGUUGCUGCGUCGUCGUCUGGUGACACGCCUGCUUGCCUUGAAGCUUUUUCAAAUACUGCAAUUACGAAGAACGUAUAUUGUAUAGUUGGCUGUCAAGCACGCGAAAAAAACGACGACCUCGACACGUCUCGACCGGAACGCGAAUCGUCCAACCCCUUUGACGAGCUUGUCCCAUUGUCCUUUACGGCCUCCAGGGGGGGAAGCUCCAGCCACCGUGCCAUGUCAACAAGCGGCGCCAUGUCCGCGCCGGCGGAUCAAGGGGUCGACGAGUCUGAGAUACCGGGCACUGUUCAUCUCGUCGACCUCAACCACAGCGCGGCAACGUUGCACGACAGGACGAGAGAGGACAUCAUUCUCAUUCCGACGCCUUCGGCAGACGUCAAUGACCCGCUCAAUUGGUCGUGGCGGCGAAAACGGCUGCACUUGUGCUGCCUGUUGGUGUUCACCAUGUUCAACGGCUUGACGCUGGCCGUGGUCUAUUCCGUCCUCGUACCCCUGUCCGACGCCCUCGACGUUCCGAUCGGUGGGCUCGUCGCAGGGGCGGGCUACAUGUUCCUGCUGCUGGGCUGGGGACUGCUGUUCUGGCAGCCCUUUGCCCUGCAAUAUGGCAAACGACUAACCUACCUCCUCUCUAUGCUUGGCUGCGCGGCCAUAUCCAUGUGGAGUCCCCACGCCAGGGGCACCGGACAAUGGAUAGCACGAAACAUCGUCAUGGGGUUCGUCGCGGCCCCCGUCGAGGCCCUCCCGGCCGCGUCCAUCACCGACAUAUGCUUCACGCACGAGCGCGGGGCCUUCAUGGGCUGGUACUCGUGGGCGCUGGCCUCGUCCAACUACGUGGCCCCCAUCAUCGCCGGGUUCAUCAACGACGGCCUGGGGUACCAGUGGCCGUUUUACAUUGUGGGCAUCUUCGCCGGCGCCAGCCUCUUGUUCCUCUUCUUCUUCCUCGAAGAGUCCAACUACGACCGCAAGAGCGUCGGCGUCGUCUAUAACAAGGACCCGGCUGCGACGACGACGACGACGACGACCAAGGAGAAGCAGCCGGCCGGCGAGGAAGAGACGAAGGGCGCUGACGAGCCGCGCCCACCCCACGUCACCGACGUCGAGUCCAGAGUCGACAGCAACAAGGUUCCACGCACGAACAGCUCCCCCGUGGGUCUCAAGGGCAUCGAGAAGUCCUUCUGGCAGAAGCUGAGUCUCAUCGACACCCCGCGUCGCUUCAUGAUGCUCUCGCGCGCCUGGCAGGUGCUCAAGCUGCUUUCGUGGCCCGUAGUGGCCUACUCCGGCUUUUCGUACGGGUGCUACCUGGUCUGGUUCAACAUUCUGGUGGCGACCAACUCGGUCAUCUUGAGCGGCGCGCCGUACCACUUUGCGCCGAGCGUGGUGGGACUCACGUACAUUGCUUGCAUGAUAGGGGCCGUUAUCGGAGCUGCAUAUAGCGGCCCGGUGUCGGACUGGUUCGUGAUCCGCAUGGCUCGACGCAACAACGGCGUGUUCGAACCCGAGCAGCGCCUCUGGCUCUUCACGGUGACGACCAUUCUCGUCCCUGCUUCGCUGCUUCUCUGGGGCGUCGGCGCCGCUCACCAAAUCCACUGGUUCGCCCUCGUCUUCGCCAUGGUCGUGCUGUCCGCGUGCUGCGCGUCGGGCAUCACGCUGUCGUUCAGCUACCUGAUCGAUUCGUUCCGCGACAUUGCGGGCGACGGCCUGGGGACGUGCAUCAUCAUCCGCAACACCAUGGGGUUCGCCAUCGGGUACGGCAUCACGCCGUGGGUCGACUCGCUGGGCCUGCAGAACUGCUUCAUCAGCGUCGCCGCCGUGUCGCUGGCCAUAUGCGCCGUCUACCUGCCCGUCAUCUUCUUCGGCAAGAGGCUACGCGCCGUGAAUCGCGUCGGCUACUGGCAAGAGGCCAAGACGCGGCUGGAGGCCGGGACCAUCUGAGAGACAACCGGCGGGGGGUUUUCUCCAUUCUGUGCAAGGAAGCACGAAAGCAUGUAUUAGUUGUAAUGCAUGCAGAUGCAGAUUCCAGCCCAGGUGUUUUCGUGAACCCCCGUUCGUCUUGUUUACUCAGCUGGCGGUUCACAGCGUUGCCGCGCCCGCAUUUCAGGUGUCACCGUAUAUACGUUGCCAGCCCCGUUCGUCCCCGGCAUUCACGCUGGUGCGACCUGGCUGACAGCUGAGACGAUAAUGGGAGACAUCAACGCCGCUCCGACUGGGCCCUGCUCUUCCGCCAUCUGCUGAAGCAUUUCCCCAUUGCUCGCCGUGCGUGCCCGUAGCUAUAUGUGGACGUCAUUAUUAGCGGGCAGCUCUAGGAUACCCACUUGGAAAACGAGAAGACGAGG